AUGGUUUCAGUUCUGUUCACUACGAUGCUCAGCAGCAGCAGCACUUCAACGCUAAUCACACAAAUGGAUACUCAAACGCAGAAGCAAGAAAUUGUUCGCGUAACGCAGCAGUUGUUGGAUGCCAUUUCGUGCAAAGACUAUGAAUCAUACUCGAGGCUUUGUGAUCCAUCGAUGACAUGCUUCGAGCCGGAAGCAUUGGGUAAUCUGAUCGAAGGCAUGGAUUUUCAUAAAUUUUAUUUCGACAACAAUAGUGGAUUGCGAGGACCAAAAAUCCAUACAACGCUGCUCAAUCCCAAUGUGCAUCUGAUGGGCGAUGAAGGGGCAUGCAUCGCUUAUAUCCGCCUGACGCAGUAUAUUGAUAAGUUAGCAUUUGCCACUUUUCUACAUUUUUAA